CCCGCGAGGCUGCUGAUAGCCUCACUGCUCAACGGGACUCCCUCCCGCCCCCACCCUCCCGACAGCGUCUAGUCCGGUCUGAUCUUGUCUGUGAAAUCCCAGCCCCGGUUGAUCCAUGCGCUGCGAUCUGCUUCUGGCGGAGCUGGCAAACGUGGCAUGUGGCAGGGCAUAGCUAGCCAAGCUGGGCACCAGGUGCCGGAUGGGACCAGCCAGGGCCGGAAGGUUUUCAGAGCACUGUAAGAAGAAGCUUCGUCGAGGCAAGGAUGUGGGUCGAAAUGAAGCACGUCUUAGCAUUUAUGUAGCACGAGCCCUACGAAGAGUGGAAACCAGGCGCAGCCGGAGCAAAACCUGCAGAAGAAAGAAAGAUCGGACUCGAGCCUGUUGGGUGGAGCGGUCAGGCGAGCUUUCCCAGGCACGGUCACCUUUGGGACAGCUUGCCCUUUGUCGGUGAAGAAGAAAAGAGGAGGGGAAAGUAGCCGCUGUUUACUCCAGAAGCGCCCGUAGAGAUUUCAGGACUUGCAAGGGACAGUAAUCUGCUUAAUGCAAGGGAAGGCGACUGGAAUUCACCAAGCAACAACAGGUUAAACCGGGGAGGAGAGCUUUCCAAAUCCAGUCUCAAUAGGACACAGGAGAAAGGGGGGGGGGGGGCAUCCCAGCAUUUAGUAGGAUGCCUGGCUGAAUCUAACCAAGGAGAGGGGGAGAAGGCAGAAACCAGAGUGGACUGAAUGGGCUUCCUGGAGCGGGGGCAAGUGCUGACCGGAGCUGACUGGCCAGGGCAGAAAUCACGGCUUUCAGGAGACAGAAUCCUUCGGUCGACCUGGCAGGGGUUCUGGCAUAUGGAACUGUCAAAGUAGAGGAGAGCUCAAGACUGACAACCCCAGAGAUGUCGGAGCAGAGUGAGGCACCAUCCCAUGCGCCCACUACCAGUGUUCCCAUGGACAACAAUGUAGUGGCCAUUAUCAUAGCUACCACAGUUUCUACUUCCGUGUUCAUUGUGGCCAUUUUGGUGCUUCUGCUGCUUUUGUAUCACCGAGACCCUCUGUGCUGCCAGUUCCUGUGCUCUUGCCGCUUCUUCCAGAAUCCCAGCCGAUAUGAUUGUCCUCCUCCGUACUUCAGUAGCAACCAGCGAUUGGUGGGGCUCCAGUCUGGAACUCAACGUCUGGAGAACACUGCUGAAAAUCCUGGCACUGUACAGGGGGACGAACUCUUCUGUGUUGGACCCCCCAGCAGCUAUCAGCUGCCUCCAUGGGAACAGCCACGCCUGCCAAGUUACGAGAGCGUGCGAAAGAAAGAUCGGCAGAGGGAGAUCCACCAGAUGAUUGCUGAAAGGUUUGGUUUGUGGGCAGAUGUCUCCCAAGAGUUACCACCACCUUAUGAGCAGGCCUUGAGGUAUCCUGCCACUUUAUCAGGAGCAGGUUCAGAGUUGUCAGCCAGACAGAGCUUGCCUGACAUGCUCCAAGCCUCACCCAUGUUCCAGCCUCACAGAAACACGUCUGUAUAAACUGGGUCAAUCCUCCAAACUAUCUCUGGGAUAGCACCAAGUGUUUGUUGCAUGGGUUUCCUUUCCACAAUGAACUCUGCCAAGCCCUUGGCCCAGAGCAACAGUAACUGAAAAGAACGAUCUAGAACAUUCCAGACAAAGCCAGCCAAGUGCUUUGGCUAGCGCUGAGAAUGAACAAUGGAAGAUCUCUCUGAAACCAAACCUGAAAAUAGUUGGGAAAUGGAAGAUGGAAUAGAGGUAUGAGAGGCUGGGGAAACCUCUAUCUGGAAUGGUCUAGAUCCAGGGAAUCCUGCCAUCCACUACAGAGGACAAUCUUAAGGGUGCUUUCCUGCCCUAGGAAUAAAUAAGCCAAGUACAUAUUCAGGAACUUAGCAGCUCCAGUGGGACUGAAGCAUCGAACAAAGGCAGUCAGAAGAUUACUGUGUCAUUUUAAAGGGGCCAAACUAAGUUUCCUAACCAAAGAACAUCCUUGGAAGAAGCACAGGCAACUUCUGUGAGACAAGGAGAUACCUCUAUGAGACCCCAAGAGCUGCCAAACCUUCAAAGUACUAAACUUUAAAAGGAGGGUAUCUCCACUGUCUUUUUGGCUGUCUUGAUAAAUGACUGAAACUUUUGAGUGACAGAAUGAAUGUAUCUUGCGUCCAGCUGUCUCAAUCAACCCAGCUCUACACCUUGGACAUAUUCCAAUGCUACAGGGAAGUUUUGCAAGUCCAAACAAGAUAGAAGGUUCAACAGUAGGUGGAAUCUGCGUGCUUUACAGCAAACGCUCCUGCAAUAGGCGUCGUGACGGAUGGACAGAGUUAACAGCCCAGGUUUUAGACCUUGCCAUAGAGCUGAGAAAUGGUUAGUGCAAAGAUAAGAGGUCUUCUCCCAUGGGGGAGGAAGGCAGCGAUAGACAUCUCUGUUGACCCUGUCUGAAUGUUUGACGGCUGCAGCUCAGACAAUCUUGUAAAGCUUAACUCUGACUUUUAUUAGAGGUCUUUUUUUGUAUUUGACAAAUAAGCUUUUAAAAUGUCGUUCCCAAUGCCAUUGUUUAAAUUAAAACAAUCAGAUGAGGAAA